AUGCAUUUUCUCGUGCGCUUCACGGCUGUCUGCCUUUCUUCCAGCUUGCAAGUUCUUGCGCAGAACUAUCGAUUCGAUGUCAACACUAUCAAGACCUGCACCGUCUGGUACGACAACUCUGGCGAUCAUAGCUGCAAAGAUGUCAGAGACAGUUUGGCUAUUAAGCCAGAGACCUUCACCCGCUGGAACCCUUCCAUCACCCUGGACUGCGGCAACUGGGAGCUCAAUACUUCGUACUGUACAUGGGUAGACUCUGAGGCACCUCCUUUGCCAUCCAGUACUACGGCCGUUACUCCUACGACUCCAAAACCUUCAGCAAAGCCAAGCCCAUCGUCCUGGAAACCUUUGGGCUGCUGGCCGGUUGGUCCAACCGACUUUCUCAGCCUCGAAAAGCGCAUCAGCGAUAUCCCUAACAACACGCCAGCAAAAUGUCAAGAUGCGUGCUACAACCCAGCAAAUGCCAACUAUCGUUUUGCUGGGAUGGUGGCAGGCAGUCAAUGCUGGUGCAGCGACUUUGUACGCAACGACAUGUCCGCCAACGAAACAGCCGAUUGCAAUGUUCCCUGUGCUGGGGAGACAUCGAAGACCUGCGGUGGAGCGGAAUUCGUCAAUGUUUAUGAAGCAGACUUCUCGGCUCCACAGACAACCAGCUCAAUACCUUCGACAGUUGUGGCAUCAUCGAGCUCAAUAUCUUCGACGAUUGUGGCAUCACCGAGCUCGGUGAAGGUGGCGAGUUCGGCGAGUUCUACUAUGAGAGUUUGGCGGAUGGGUGCAGGAGUUGCUACAUGCGUUAUGCUCCAUAUAAUUUUCGUAUGA